CUUCUUCCUUGUGACAGAACCACUUAUCGACUGUCCUUUGCCUUAGCUAGUGAGAAUGGCACUUGCUCCACGCUCGUCUCUGGCUCUGCGCUCCCUGCUGCUGCUCAUGUCGAACAGGAAGCCACAUCGGAGCUGUUUCUUCUCCUCCUCCUCCUCCUCUGCUGCCGCCGCCGCUCCUCCAGGAACAUGCACUCCGACUGCUCUUGCCGUUCAGCCUCCAGCCGAUCCAGUUCCGCUGUCAGGUUCGAGUCGUCACCUGUCGGUUGCCCCGGAAGAACGAGUUAUUCAUCCAUUUCCAUGUAGUAGCACACCUAAAAUCCCAAUCCACAAGCUUUCUCAUCCCACCCUCCAAGAUCCUAAGCACACUGAACUUGAACCCCUCACCGAAAAGCCUUCGACGUGCACCGCCCCAGAAAAUCUUACACGCCUACUUCCUGAGGAUUCAUGCAACACACUUCAGCCUCCGACCCACAAACCUUUGCCCAAGAAACAUCCUACUCAUAAACUUUCCCAUGAUCCUGGUCACGGAGUUGCUCUGGGCUCACGCAGACGCAGCUCUUCGCACGACCAACCUAGGAAUAGGAUGCAUAAACCUGCAGCCGACACGCCUUCAGCGCACACCCUGAAAGAUCCUGAACACCCGAAUCAAGAUGGUUCAUGUAGCACACUUCCACCUGUAACUUACAAGCCUUCGAAGAAAACACAUCCUAACCACAAAGUUUGUGAAGAUCCUGAUCAGCCUGGGCUGCGAAGCACUCCCAAGGACGAUCCACCACGCUCAAUUCCUGACCGAAGAUAGAUGAAACUGACGAGUCUUCCACGCACACCCUGGAAGAUCCUAAACACCCGGUUACUGAUUGUUCAUGUAGCCGCACACUUCAGCCGGCCGUCGGCAAGCAUUCGCUAGGCAUUCUCAAGAUACUGAUCACCCGGUCACAACUCCGGAGGAUUCACCUUCAACAAUGCAGUGAGCAGGCCUUCAUCAGGCACCCUCCUCUGCACAAGUCGUCCUCUUCCGGAAGAAUAAUUGAAUAAACUUAAAUUAUCUGUUACUGCUGCCGUGUUACCACUGGGGCCAUGUAAUCUCCAUGCUGUCAUAUCGAGUGAUCUUCGAAUCAACUUUAUCAAAUA